CUUCACGAACCUAAAAUAUCGAUAAUAUUUAUAUUGCACCCGGGACCGGUUUUGCUCCGAGUAGGGUUUAGAGUAGGGACUGGACUUAGAGCUGCAGGAGCAGAUGGAUUAAGGUUUGGGGACGAGAUGGAAAAAUACAGGAGGAAGGUUUAUCUGGAUAGGACGGAGGAAUCUCAAUCCUUACUCACCUCUAACAAUGAUGACUACAUGCAAAUGGGCAAUCUGCAUCCUAAGAAGAGAGAGGACCAUUCACCUGCUAGUAGGAGUCCUAGAGAUCAAACCAUAGAGUGUGAUAUUCAACCAUCAGAUACACUUCUCUCACUCACACUCAAGUAUAAUAUUCCACUCGCAGAGUUAAAGAGAGUUAAUAAUAUCCUACAAGAAUCUGAGUUCUACGCAUUAAAGCGUAUUAAAAUCCCCGUAAAACCUGCGUCAUUUCUCAAAGACUUAAUUCCUGGUGUACACUCUGAAGAUAGUCGGCGUGAGAAUGGAUGGUUUGUGGAUACCAAGGAUACUCCGAACUCAUUCUCGAGUAAUAUGUCUAGUGCAAUAUCCACAGGAUACUCCAGUCCCUGCUCGGAGACUGAACCCUCGGAUAGAGUCUUCCAUGAGAGUAAGGAUAAGAAGAAGGUUCGAAAGUUUCUGAAGGAGUUUGACAGGGACCUGGAGAGGAUCAAAGAGAAACAGUUAAUUCAGCAGGAGAUGGUCGAGGAUUUACAAUCCGUCCCGGAGCUAGAUACAUCCCGGGAGGAGAUUAUAUUUACUAAUAUUCCAGAUUCUUCUCAGCAUUCAGGUAUAUCGAACGGAUCUCUGUUAUGCUGGUGUUUCCUUGUAGUGCUGCUAGUUCUCGCUCUGCUCGUCAUACUAAUGGCGUUGAUAUCAGUUGACCACCAUUCUAUAUCCUGGAUACUUCCAGAGGAGAGAGUUAACUCUACCAAGAGUAAGAACUCGUGAAGAAUAAUGUAACCAAGACUUAUUAUCUCUGAACUCCGAACCUGGAGAACAUGGUGCCAUGUUUACUGUCAACUCUAGUAUUUUAAGCUAGACCUGGAGAAUAGGUUGUAAAUGUAUAAUCCAAUUCUGAGCUGACAUUGUACCCCCCUCUCUUCAAGCACUUCAGAACCAUUGCUCAAUACUUGGGUAACCCCCCCCCCCCCUCCAUAUUUGAUGUUAAAUCAGUUAUCAGUGUCAGUGCGAAUCUCUUCCUGCCCUUCACUAAAAGAUUAAAAUUUGUAUUGAUUAUCGGGUGAAGGAUGUAAAAAA